AUGGGUGACUUUACUGGAGAGGAGUUGAUCCAGGCUGCCAUUUUUAAUGAUGCAGAGCUGAUGAAGUGUCUGUUAGAGGGAGAGUGUGCUAAGUUGAUCAAUUUUCAAGACCGUCGAGGAAGAACAGCAGUGUACACUUCAGUGUCUAACAACAGUUUAAGAUGUCUCCGCGUACUACUGGAACAUGGAGCAGAUCCAAAUAUUGCAGCAGGGGAAACAUUCAACAGCAUGACACCUCUACACUGUGCCAUUAUAGACCUGAAGCUUGAUAUCUUUAAGUUGUUGUUGUCACAUGGGGCAGAUUUUACAAAACAAGAUGGUUCAGGACUGACCCCCAAAACAGUUGCGGAAAAUAUGGAGUUAGAUGAAUAUGUAGAAGAAAUGGAAGAAGAACAAGCAUUUGCUGAAGCUUGUAAAGCUGAAGAUGUGUCUAGGAUGGCUGAUAUUUUAGAAUGUAACUCCUCACCAACAAUCCAUGUAAAACUGGUCAGCAAUGCUGUGACAGAUGAUGGGUUAACUCCCCUUUGUUGGUAA